AUGACCGGCCAGAUCUUCACUUUUCAAUUUCCUGGCCGCUUCCUCCAGCAAGACCUAUAUGGUUGGGACACCUCGGCUGCCGGCAUAUAUGGACAGUUUGUCAAACCUGUCGUUGUCAAUGAAAGCGAAUUCCGUCUCGUUGAUCAGUUGUACAACGUGGGCGAGGUUGUUGGUGCGCCCAACGGACACAACUUGUCCAUUUGCUAUGAGCAGGUUCUGAACAACUUGGUGCCCGGCCACGAGAACGACUCUCGGAUUAUGGCGAAGCAGCAGGACCAGAUUCGUCGUUGGCUUAUGAAGGACGUCCCCGCUGCGGGCUGGGUAACGGAUCUUAUCGAGUCGCAACACAAGAGGUCCGCGUCGUUGGCUGCUGCUGUUGGCAGCUCGGUUGCACCCAGUGGUGAAAACGUACCGAAAUUUGCAGUCGCUAACAGGCUUACGGACGAAGGGAAAGUCAAUCGCAUGGAGCUCGCAGAGGCGCUGAUGGAAGAGUACUUGGCUGCGAAGCAGGAGUGGGGGUUGAAGCGCGAUGCCAUGAUCAAGAACGCGCGAGCCAAGAAUGAGGAUAUGGAGGACUUUACACGCAAGCUGGCGCACAUCACGUCGAUUGGAGAGGCACAGCUUGCUGCCAAACACGCUGAUGUUGUCGGUCGUGGUUACUCGCAUAGAAUCUGCCCGUAUCUUGGUUAUAUGGACAUCAAGAGCCCAGCUGAGAUGUUGCAAGACGCGAAGAACGCGUUCCGCGAGACAGCCACCAGCUCUUUGGAUGGUGCCCUGAACAUACAUCCUGUCCAGAUGUCCCCUAUUGACUGGUUCCAAAGUCUCUCGACGUCGUUUACCAUGGAGGAUCUUACGUCGGAUCCAGAAAUCAUCUUUCAGCAAAUCAACGUCAAGUCUCGUCGCACAAAGCUUCGUACCCGCGGCUAA